AUGGUUCACUACAAAUUGACUUAUUUCGAUGGCCGCGGAUUUGCUGAAGCAUCUCGUCAAGUUUUCAAAUUGGCUGGCAUCGAGUUCGAAGAUGUCAGACUUCCAAUUGCUUCUCCAGAAUGGGAAGCUUUGAAACCAUGUAAGCUACUAUUUUUUGAAAACUGAGUCUAUGCAAUUGUUCACAUUUUCAGCGACACCAUUCGGGCAACUUCCAGUGUUAUCUGUUGAUGGAUUCGAAAUCCCACAAUCCGCCGCUAUCUUGAGAUAUCUUGCCAGAAAAUUCGGAUUUGCUGGAAAAACACCAGAAGAGGAAGCUUGGGUUGAUGCGAUCGUGGAUCAAUUCAAAGAUUUUAUGGGACAAUAUCGUCAAUAUAUUUAUGCAGUUUUCUUAAAGAAACCGGUCGAAGAAGUAGAAAAGGCGAAAACUGAAGUAGCUAUUCCAGCACGUGAUGCUUAUUUCAAAAUUUUGAAUGGCAUUUUGGAAAAAUCAAAAUCCGGAUUUUUGGUUGGAGACAGUGUUACUUUUGCCGACUUAGUCGUUGCUGACAAUUUGGUGACUUUGGAGAAAAAUGGAUUCGUUUCAAAUGAGGAACACUUGAAAAUUGUCGAAUUCAAGGCCAAAAUUCAAAACUUGCCAAAACUCAAGGAAUGGAUCGAAACUCGUCCAGAUACUCCAUUCUAA